UAUUAACAACAUUUAUAUUUUAAUUUUUUUAAAUUUUUCUUUCAGUGCCGUGUUAAAGAGUGUUUGGAGGCAGAGGUGGUGCAGGGUCACAACCAAAGUCGGAAUCACAGAGCCCGAGUGCCAGUGGCAAUGGCAGCGCCAGACCUUGUGCCAUUCGCAUUCCGAAUGGAAGUGGCCUAGGCCAGUGAAAGUUCUUGACAAUGUGCAUCAUUAAUAUUGUCUGGCUUCGUGAUGCCGUUCUUCCGCUCCUGACUCCCCAGAUCCCGCACUCGAGCCCCUCUUCUUAUUCUCGCCGUGAAGUGAAGCCACUGCUUCUGGCAUUGCCCAAAUGCAAGCCGAAUUCGAUAUUCGGGCCCAUUGUGUGGCUUCUUUUGUGCCUCGCUCCAGGUUCCAGGUGGAAAAUGGAAAUCGGAAUACGGAGGGAGCGGAUCAAAGGCAGAGGCCCGAAACCCCGAUCCUUGGGUCAUCAAUCAAUUCUGGGGGGCGAGUGUCCUGCCCCGCGGCCUUAGUCCAUUAUGAGUUAUGCAAAUAAUUAAGGCAUACUUACCGACUGGCUCCCAAGUCGGACGGAGACAUUAACUAAAUGAGUCUGGCCUUGGCGAGCAGCUAACUAAUCUGGGCUGAUAUAAAUGAAAUGGAUUAUGCCGAGGACCAAGACGGAACACGACCUUCGAGUGGAGGGGUCACUGGAGUAAUAAAAUUGUUCACGCCCCAGCCAGCAAAAUUGAUACUGCAGACAAGUACACUGGCAGAAAUAAUAGGCACUUUUUUGAAGUAAAUAAUAAUUUACUUAAGCAACACUGAAGUUAGUCAGUGGAAGUUUU